GGCUCGGUUCUCCACAUGCAACAGAUUAGAGAGCUGAAAGGCGGCCUUUGGCAUGCGACGAUGGAAGGUCAGCAUAAUCAUCCGCAUCAUCUCGGGGACCAGAACAACCCACUCUGCAAAGUGGCAGCCCAGGACUACCAGCAUGAUGCACAACAGCGACAUCUGACAACAUACCCGUACCGUUGCACCUUGGCAGACUUUCAGAUCGAGAAGAAGAUUGGAAGGGGGCAGUUCAGUGAGGUCUACAAGGCCACCUGCCUCCUGGACAGGAAACCAGUGGCGCUCAAGAAAGUGCAGAUAUUUGAAAUGAUGGAUGCCAAGGCUAGACAAGAUUGCAUUAAAGAAAUAGACCUUCUAAAGCAAUUGAACCACCCCAACAUCAUCAAGUAUCUGGAUUCCUUUAUCGAGGACAACGAACUCAACAUUGUACUGGAACUGGCAGAUGCAGGUGACCUCUCUCAGAUGAUUAAGUAUUUUAAGAAGCAGAAGCGGCUCAUCCCGGAACGGACGGUUUGGAAGUACUUUGUGCAGUUGUGCAGUGCGGUCGAACACAUGCACUCCCGCAGGGUAAUGCACAGAGACAUCAAGCCGGCCAAUGUGUUCAUAACAGCUACUGGAGUUGUGAAGCUGGGAGACCUCGGUCUGGGACGCUUCUUCAGCUCUAAAACCACUGCUGCACAUUCCUUAGUGGGAACACCCUACUAUAUGUCCCCCGAAAGAAUACAUGAAAAUGGAUAUAAUUUUAAAUCGGAUAUCUGGUCUUUGGGCUGCUUACUGUAUGAGAUGGCUGCUCUCCAGAGUCCUUUCUAUGGCGACAAAAUGAACCUGUUCUCCCUCUGCCAAAAGAUCGAGCAGUGCGAUUACCCUCCACUUCCGGCCGAACAUUAUUCAGAAAAGUUGCGGGAGCUGGUGAGCAUGUGCAUCUACCCGGAUCCCGACCAGAGGCCCGACAUUGGCUACGUGCACCAGCUGGCCAAACAGAUGCACGUCUGGACUUCCAGCACUUGAGGAGCGCCCGCCGUUUGUCCGCCCGCCCGUCGCGCUCCGACACCAGCCAUCCCAGCGUAGUCUUACUUGAACCUUCUGUCUCAGACGAAACCGAGAGGUGCCUCGCCCACCCCGCGCAGGAGAGCGGAGCCUUCCUCGGAAGACGAGGCUCCGCGACUUCUGCCGGCCAUUUGCACGGCGCGGAUUCGCUCUCCGCGAGGGCCGUGAGGCGCCGCCGCGAGUGUGCGUUGCUUCCGACAAAGCCAAUAACAUGUUACAGAUGUAGAUCACUUUCAAAGAUCCUUUCUUAAAACUUGUUUUGUGUGUAAUCUAGGUUAGGCUCUAACUAGCAAGGGUUUCUCAUUUUGUGUAUCGGACACACCCCUUGUAUCUUAACUAAUGUGAACUAUUGAAAUAAUUCCUUUGGUGAAAUCACUUUAUACUAAUGUAAGAAUUACCAUAGAUUUUUUUUGUGUGUGUGCGUGCGUGUGUAAUGUGUAUAAUAACUGCUCCUUUGCCUCUUCUGCCAAUGGUUCAGUGCAAGUUCGGUUUCUAGUUCAUUUUGUAAGAAAAACACAUCCAUCUUGGAGUUUUAUAUUUCCCUCUUUUGCAAGAAUGGGGUACAGAGAGGGUUUGAAGAUAUAUAUUUUUUCAAUCCAACUAUUUUGCAAUGCCUGUUGUCAGUAAGUCUCCGUUGUAGGCCUCCAACCAAAGUUCUCUUUUGUCCGUUUCCGGUCCGGCGCUGGCACAGACGGGACGCCAAUCUCAGUAUCCGUCCUUACGUGACCAGUGUUACUGCAAGCGGGAGCCCAGGGUGGAGCGAGAGGACCUUUUGGUGCAAAAUCCGGGGUCAAAACCCAGCCACCGUACAGUGUUUUCGACAUUUAAGAAAAGGGUAUUCCGUGCAGUAACGGGGUACGAGUCAGUCAAAGAAAACGUUCUUUCAAACUCAACACUUAUUUACUGUGAACCCUCAUUUGACGAAUGUGAAUAAUUUUAAACAAGCUGAUUUGAAGGAAACGGUAGAUUUUUUUUCGGUCCAUUGGCUCGGCGGUUGGAUCUCCGUUUGCAAAAGCGGCGAGAAGCCAGGUGCUCAGUCGGUCGCAGUGUUUCAGAAGGAUUGCGGGGCUCCCGGUUCCCCCUUUUCUGGAAACGCAGGGCUUUCUGUGGCUCGUUCACUCGCUGGCUUUUACUACGUGGUUUUGAAACCAUCCUCCAGAGUGUUGACGGUAUCCUCCCGCCGGAGAGUCCAACCUAUUAAUCUCAAUCGAGUCGGUAAAUUUCAGCUCUCUCUUCUGCAGUUCUGUGCUCAUCGGCUUCAUGUCUCCUUUCUCCCAAAGGAAAUAUGAGUCUCCUUCGAGCUACACAAUUUAGUAUUUGGGGUUUUUUUCGGGGUGGGAUGUGCUACGUUCAGUUUGUCGCUGGCUUUUGGGAGGCUUCCGGUUUCCAGAUCGGUCUCUCCUCCGUCCGGUCUCUCUCGCUUGCUCUGUAAGGUCUUGCUUUAGGGUAAAUGCAUUUCCAAAGACGUUGCUUUUCCUUUUCUUUUCUUUUUUUGGCAACUGUGCAUUUUUAGAUAAGAUUUAAAUGAUUUACAAAAUAAAAGUUUUCUUUGUAAAAAUCAAAA